AUGGUUGAUGACUGCUAUUUCUUUUUGUAUUCAGAAUGUAAGUUUGGAGGCAAGUGUUUACAUCGGCACAACGAAACCUGUAGGAACAAUGUAGUAACGUGCAAAAACUGGAAGGCUGGGGGUACAUGCGAAAAUGAGUGUCCGUUUCGCCACUCCGAGUAUCACUGUAAAAAGAAUCGUCGUGAAGAGAUGUGCUACUGGGAAGAUAAGCCAAGUGGAUGUACAAAGGUCAAAUGCGAGUAUAGACAUUUGGAUUCAUUAAAAGAUGCAUGGAAGAACAAUCCAACAACACACAAUAUGGAAAGCAUACCUAAAUGCAAAAUAAAUGACGUUUUAGAUCACAAAGAUGACACAUCGAAUCAAUGCAUAACAAGUACAGUUAUAUGUAGCAAUGCAUAUACGGAUACUACAUCUCUCAAGGACUAUGAAGAUGUAGUUGAUAACGUUGUUUGUGAAGUCAUUCAAAGCGAUAUUAAUAGUUCCAAUAAUUUUUCUAGAGGCGAUUCAUCGAAACAUCAGGAUGAAAUAGAGGGUCAGAAUACAGUACAGGAAAAAAAGAGCAUCAGUGUAGAAAAGGAGAACGAUAAGGUUCAGAUACAUAGUUAUCACAGUAAAUCUGAUGCCAAGAGUGUAACCAUGAUGCAUGAGCCUAGUUCAAUGCAUCAAACUGAUCCAGAAUCAUUCUAUGCUUCUAAGCUUCAUAUAGACAAAUGUAUAAGAAAGCCCCAGAUUGAGAAUGGCCAUGACGAUAGCAAACCAUCUAAAAAGCACAAAGCAAGCAAUACUAAUACAUCAGACGCAUCAAGCGGAACCACUGUAAUUUUAGAAGAGCUUGAUAAAGAUAUUGAAGAGCUGGAUAGCAUUCUAGCCGAUCAAUAA